GAGAAGAUUUAGAUAGAAGAAUCAGAAAAGAAGGACAAAUCAAGGUUUUGGGAUUGAAAUGGAAUUUUGUCGACGACCUGCUGAGCUUCCCAGACACUACGUGGCGACAGGACAUGGAUACAAGACAACUUUCAAAACGUCAGGUUUUGCAAGCUACGGCAAAGCUAUACGACCCUUUAGGUUUUUUGACACCAUUUUCUGUUAGAGCAAAGAUGUUGAUGCAGAAGAUUUGGAUAGAAAACCUAAAAUGGGACGACCCGUUACCGAGCCAGCACCGAUCAGCGUGGAAGGAUUGGGCAGAGGAGCUUCAGCAUCUGGAUAACUUCACUAUUAACAGAUGCUAUGACUACAACAAGCAAGCUGAGGUGAAAGCAUCAACUGUACACGUUUUCUCAGAUGCAAGCCCAAUGGCAUACGGAGCAGCAGCAUAUCUCGUAACAGAAUACUCAGAUGGCAGCAAUGAGGCCAGUUUACUCAUGGCAAAAGGUAGAGUCGCUCCAAUCAAAAAGAUUACACUGGCAAGAAUGGAGUUGUUGGCCGCCACAGUAUCAGUUCGAUUGGCCAGUCAUAUAACUGAGAAUUUCAUCAGGAAAGCAAGAAGCGUGAGAUUCUGGACUGACUCUCAAAUUGUGCUUUGCUGGAUCAAGUCAAGCAAGACGAAAGAUGUGUUUGUUCGCAACCGCGCAACAGAAAUCAAGAACAAGUCUAAAAAUAGUCAAUGGGGUUAUGUUAAAAGUGAUGAAAAUCCUGCGGAUUUGAUGACAAGGGGCGUGAAGAUGCAACAUUUACUGAACAGUGAAUUAUGGUGGAAAGGCCCCACGUGGAUCAGGAACGAAAAACAAAGGCCUGAUUAUGACAUCAUGAUAGAAUCGGACAAUGAUGACAACGAACACGACGAAGAGAUCGUGACAAGCCUAACUACCACAACGAGUCAAGAGAAAAUAAUCGAUGUUAACAGGUUCGGAUCGUAUAAAAAAGCAUUGCGAGUUACAGCGUGGGUGAUGCGAUACAUUGGAAAUCUAAGAAAAGAAGCGAAAAAAGGUUCGCUAACAGGAGAAGAAUUGGACAAGGCAGAACUGUUGCUGUUAAAGCAGGAGCAGAAGACGUUACAAAACGAAGUGACACGAAUAAAUGGCAAGAUGAAACUGUGCAGCACGGACAUCUUCGAAGACAAUCAAGGCGUCCUAAGAGUGCAAGGGAGGCUUCAAUGGAGUGAUUUGACCUUUGAUGAAAAGCAUCCCAUUGUUUUGCCAAGGGAAAGUCACUUGUCAGAACUCUUAGUACUGCAUGCGCAUCACGUUACCAUGCACGGUGGCGUUGCAUCAACAUUGACACACUUAAGGACAAAGUUUUGGAUUGUUCGGGGCCGACAGAUGGUAAAAUACGUUAUAAAGAAAUGCAUCAUAUGUAGGAAGUUCAAUUCCCGACCAAUGACGCAAGAAACGGCACCACUUCCAGCUGACAGGAUAACGAAGACGAGGCCAUUCGACAUA